AUGGCCGAUAACAUGUCAAUUAUGAGCAAUCAUGUUCCAAUGUCUGCAGUAAGUUCGCAGGCUGGUUCUCCGGUCCUCUCUCCUCGCAAUCGUCCUCCGACCAGUUCGUAUCUCAAACGACACAAAAGUGUCAAAUUUGCAUAUUUAUCCGGCGAAACCUCUUUCCAAAAGGGUAUCCUUGGAGAUUCCGAAACUUCUCUGGUCGGCAUUCUCGAAAUCAACUAUUCUCAACCACGCCACGUAAAAAGUAUCCUCCUCAACCUAAGAGGUGUAGAAAAAACCCUUUGGUACAAAGCUCAAGCACGCACAAAAUCCAUGCAUAUUGGCGAACAAGUUCUCGUUGAUCAAACGUAUAAAAUAUGGGAAGAAUCGGACGACAAACUUGUCAAAAGUAUAGAAGUUCCGUUCAGAGUCAAAUUGCCUUAUAAUCUCCCAGAGUCGGUUACGAGUGAAAUAGGCUCGGUAUCAUACGUACUCAAAGCUACCAUCACUCGCAGAGGAGGUCUAACCACAAACAAUACGCAAAUCGUCGAAAUAGUCUGCCCACUGAAACGCACUCUUGUAUUGGACAACCAGAACAGUCCCCCAUUCAAAUUACGCGGAGAAUCACGCAACGGUCUGGAUUAUACCUUUGUAUUACCUCCUAACAAACAGCUCAACUUGGGGACAUAUGUGACCAUCCCGAUGAGGAUUAGGUUCUUGAAACAAGGAAUCAGCGUAGAAAGAGUAGAGAUUGUUUUAAAGACAUGUAUGGACUUUCGCUGCAACAAUCCAAGUGAAACCCGUCAUUGUAAAGAACAAGCGGCCUCGCUGGUCAUUCCCAGACAAGAAAUGCAUUACCUUCAGCCGGUAUCUAAUCAAUACGAAGGCGAAUGCGUCCACACCAUCAACCUGUUCAUUCCGAGGAGCGUUCAGCCUACUUACUCUGGACGAUUCAUUUCGAUCACCCACCAGCUGGGCAUCAAAUUCUGUCUCUGGGGUGCGGAUUCAGACGUCAGCGUCGAAGAGAGUGUCCGAGUGGCGAAUAUUGUAGAGAAACACAGGACAGAUGCUCCAACGGCUCAACCACCGCCAUUGCCAAAGUCACCGCGCAUUCCUGCUCAAGCGCAUUCUCAAAUGGUAUCACAAGCAUUGAUGUAUCAGAGUCCGCGAACUUACCUCAAUGUUGGUGCUAUGAACAAUGUUGGUGCUAUGCACAAUGUUGGUGCUAUGCACAAUGCUGGUGCUAUGCACAAUGCUGGUGCUAUGCACAAUGCUGGUGCUAUGCACAAUGCUGGUGCUAUGAACAAUUAUCCUUAUGCCGACAUGCAACAAGCAUUGCCGUCGGCAGAUAGCGAUAGCGAGUUCGCCGAUAGACCAGAAAGGUAUUUCUCCGUAUAUAGUGAUCAAGAUUCGCCAAGGUCCCGAAGGCCAUCUGCGGUUUCCAACGAGAUGUCAUCUCCGCCGCCGCCGCCGUUCCCAUAUGACGGGCUUGUUGCACCAAAGGCUCCUUCAAUACCACCACCAAUCCCACCGCAAAUGAAAACACCGAAUUCGCCCAGGGUUGGUCCUAGAAAUGUUCCUAGGUCUGGUACACCUCUGCCAAAGCAUGCACCCACCCUACCCUCUUAUAUGACAUCAUUUUCGCCCCCGCCUUAUCAGCAGCCUCCGCCUGGCCAUCAUUACAUGGACGAGGUGUCAUAUGUUUAUGACUUUACGGAAUAG